CGCGGAAUAUCUGCAAACUUAAACCUCUCAAAACAUAAAAGAAGGGCAAGAAGAAAGGGUGAAUGAAGUGUCUGGUUGGUUUACCAAAUAUUACUAUAUGAUGUCUUCUAAUCUCAUCUACUAUGAUGGUUUUUAAUGUCCCCUUUGCAAUAAGUAGUUUAAUGAAUGGAAGUCUACUUCUAUUUGCAUCUUACCAUUGUUUUACAACUCAUUACUCAUUAUUGGAUUAUAGAAUUCAAAAUUAUUUUCAUAUGAAAUAGACUUCUACCAGUUUUGCUCAAGUCAUAUCAUAUUCUCCAUGACUAUAAUACUGUUAUUUAUUAUCUAGCAAUUCUGGAGGAGAAGCACAGGUCCCCCCGCUUAACUGUGGUACCAAGCUUUUGACACAUGGCCAUGUAAGAAAUACAGUAAAAGAAAGUUUUUGAUAGCAUUUUCCUUUGGCAACACGUCGCGCUCUGUCAUUUUCCUUAAAAAAGAAAAGUAGACAAGUUAAGUGGCCAGUUAAGCCUCAGUAACGUCAAUCCACUAUUUUCUGCUAAAGCAAUCACUUGCUCGAACAGUGUUGCAUAAAUUUCAAAAGCAAACAAAUGAAAAUUAAAGAGGAAAGAGAGGUAGUGCUUUAAUAAUAUAGUUGGAACUUAUUAUUAAGUGAAACUCCUGCCAUGGCUACUAGCAGCAGCAGUUCCAAAGAUUCAUCACUGCUUAGCCAAAGAUUAGCAGGGAAAGUGGCAUUGGUCACCGGUGGAGCAACUGGCAUUGGUGAGAGCAUUGUGCGCUUAUUUCACAAGCAUGGUGCCAAAGUCUGUGUAGUUGAUGUGCAAGACAAUCGUGGUCAGCAAGUCUAUCAAUCCCUAGGUGAUGGCCCAAAUGUUUGCUUUUUCCAUUGUGACGUAACAAUAGAGGAAGAAGUUAGCUCUGCAGUUGACUUUGCAGUCAACAAGUUUGGCACACUCGAUAUCAUGGUCAACAAUGCUGGAUUGUCAGGUCCAUCAUACCAGGAUAUCCGCAACUAUGAUAUAUCAGAUUUCGAGAAGGUGAUGAAUGUGAAUGUGAAGGGUGUUUUCCUUGGAAUGAAGCAUGCUGCUAGGAUUAUGAUCCCUCACAAAAAGGGUUCUAUCAUUUCUAUCUGUAGUGUUUCGAGUGUCAUUGGGGGUCUAGGUCCACAUGCAUAUACAGGGUCUAAACAUGCUGUUUUAGGCAUUAACAAGAAUGUUGCAGCUGAGCUAGGAAAAUAUGGAAUACGUGUGAAUUGUGUUUCUCCAUAUGCAGUUCCAACAGACUUGGCUUUUGCUCACUUGCCUGAGGAUGAAAGAACUGAAGAUGUGCUAGCAGGUUUUCGUGCUUUUGUUGGGAGAAAUGCUAACUUGAAUGGGGUGGACUUGACUGUUGAUCAUGUGGCUAAUGCUGUUCUCUUCCUGGCGAGUGACGAAGCUGGGUAUAUAAGUGGAGACAAUCUUAUGGUUGAUGGUGGCUUUACUAGUGUAAACCACUCAUUGCGUGUCUUUCGAUGAUGAAUGAUGAAAUCCAAAUAUGAAAUAAGCAGUUUCUUUAGUUUGGCUGCCUAGGCCGUAGCUUUUAUUCAAUUUCUCGGAGAUUGUUUUUCCUUAUUUUCCUUUUUCUGUCAAUAGUGCAGUUGGUUAAGUCAGUGACUUGAUAAAAACACUAUAUCUGCAAAAUUCCUUUCCAAGAGAGAAAAGAGAUGGGAGAUUGAGGUAUUAUUCUUAUCAUCACUGCACGAGCAUUUAAAAUCUGUUCGUUAAUUGAUGAAUUUUAAGUGAAAAAUGGCUUGAUUUCCAUAGUUUCU